AUGAGCCCAUACCAGCCGCGGUCCCAGCAAAGAGAUUACCAACCACCCAGCACACCCACGAGGAAAGAACCAAGGGUUUACGUCGAACCGAGUCCAUCGCCUCCCAAACACUUUUCGCCCCGGCAGCCCAUGCUCGACCCAGCGACUCGUGGCGAUGGAGGUCUUGUGCGGAAGAAGAGUCUGGUGCGGCCGGAAAGGCGGCAGCGCAACUCAGAUGACCCUGACUAUCACUACCGCAAGCAUGCGCAGAACAUGGAUGUCAUGCCAUCUACAACAGGGAUCCAUCCGCACAUGGAGGAUAUGGCGGAAGAAGCAACUCUCGACGACGAUCCAUUCGCCCCUACUCCUGCUCUAAACGAGAAGGACACCGCACCUUUGGGGCCAUCGGGUAGUACACGACAACCGAAUAAGCUGGCGCGCAAGACCACGGAGGAAAACAUUACAGAGAAGCAGCGUGAGAGGAUACGCGAGGCUGCCGGACACCCGACUCUCUGGGGCACAUACUGCCACCUCGUCACCUUCUGGUGCCCUGAUGCCAUCCUCAGCUGCAUGGGCAAGAAACAAAGAGCGCAACGCAGAGCGUGGCGAGAAAAGAUGGGCCUGUUGAGUGUCAUCGGCUUCUUCAUGCUCUUCGUCGGCUUCCUCACCUUUGGCUUCACUGAAGCGACGUGCCCAAGUGGUGGUCCGGAGCGACUACAAAUCAAUCAUGUGGACACCGGCUACAUGAUUUUCCACGGCGUGGCUUACAAUCUCGCCACUUCACAUCAUCCUGCUGCUCUCGGCAUUCCCGCGGGAGCCAAUGUGCUUUACGAUCUCGCCACGCCACACGGCGGCCAGGAUUGCAGUUUCCUCUUCCAGAACGUCAACGGCGCCUGCAAAGGACUCAUUACGCCUGCACCAAACUCCGACGUGCCGACCAACAGCGAACAGGAUCUGGCAUGGUAUUUCCCGUGCAACUGCUACAAUCAAGAUGGAUCGUCGAGUCCAAACUUGACCAUUCCCUACUAUCUCGGCUAUGCGUGUCAUACUGCGAAUGGGGCGCGCGAGGAGUUCUAUGGCUUGAAGUCUUCCGGCGACGUCUACUUUACCUGGGACGAUGUCCGGAACAAAAGUCGCAACUUGAUGGUCUACAAUGGAGACGUGCUCGACUUGGAUCUGCUGGCCUGGUUCAACCGGUCAGAAGUUGCCUACCCCGUCGCAUUCGAUGAGAUCAGGAACAAUCCUGCCGUCCACGGAACUGAUGUUACUCUUGCCUUUUCGACUGGCGAGAAGAAGCAAAUGGCACAAUGCUUCCAGGACAUCAUCAAAGUCGGUUCGAUCGACACUGCUACAGUGGGGUGCAUCGCCUCCAAGGUCGUGCUGUACAUCUCCCUAAUCUUCAUCCUCUCCAUCGUCGUCACCAAAUUCGUCCUGGCGGUGUUGUAUCAAUGGUUCUUCUGUCGGAAGUACGCCGCGGACAAGACGAGCAUGACCGCCGACACCAAAAAGCGGAAUCAAGAGAUUGAAGAUUGGACUGACGACAUCUAUCGCCCGCCGCCAAAGAUGACCGAUCCGGUCGCGAUGGAUGGCUCACGAAGUGGACGCAGACGAACGAGCUUCUUACCCGCGACGAGCAGAUUCACGAGUCCUUACGCCAUCGAGCGCUCCCUGAUCAAGUCACAGCCGCCAAUGACAACCAUGUCCAGCCAACAUAACCGAGCGGCAGCCGGAUCUACUGCUCCAGGAUCAGCAUAUGGCAGUGGUAUGUCUGAACUGACACCGCCAAGGUUCAAUGACUCGCCUCGUAAAGGGUCGUGGACGGUCAGCAGCAUCCCAGACAGUUCGGGUUCUCCGGGCUACAGCAGCGUACUCAACACCGAUGCCGAUACAGCUGGGCCGCAAGGCUUCAUCCACGAAGCUGUAGUACCGCAGCCGCCUGCGGAAUGGCAACCUUUUGGCUUCCCCUUGGCUCAUGCCAUCUGCUUCGUGACAGCUUACUCAGAAGGACCAGCGGGCAUUCGCACCACAUUGGACUCGAUCGCAAUGACCGACUAUCCCAACAGUCACAAACUCCUCUUUGUCGUCUGCGACGGUCUGAUCAAGGGCAAGGGAGAGAGUAUGAGCACACCAGAUGCAUGUCUGAGCAUGAUGAAAGACCACACCGUCCUACCCGACGAGGUGCAGGCCUUCAGCUACGUCGCCGUGGCCUCGGGAAGCAAGCGACAUAACAUGGCCAAGAUCUACGCCGGCUUCUACGACUACGGCCCCGACUCCAUCAUCCCUCUCGAAAAGCAGCAGAAAGUGCCCAUGAUCAUCGUCGUCAAGACCGGCACGCCAGCCGAAGCCACGGCUUCCAAACCAGGCAAUCGAGGCAAGCGAGACAGCCAGAUCGUGCUCAUGUCCUUCCUGCAAAAAGUCAUGUUCGACGAGCGCAUGACGGAGCUGGAAUACGAGAUGUUCAACGGCAUUUGGAAAAUCACGGGCAUCGCGCCCGACUUCUACGAAAUCGUACUGAUGGUCGAUGCGGAUACAAAGGUCUUCCCGGACAGCAUGACGCACAUGGUGUCGACGAUGGUCAAAGACCCGGAGAUCAUGGGCCUGUGCGGCGAGACGAAGAUCGCCAACAAGACGGCGUCGUGGGUGACGAUGAUCCAGGUGUUCGAGUACUUCAUCUCACACCACCUGGCGAAGAGCUUCGAAAGCUGCUUCGGCGGUGUCACCUGCCUCCCCGGCUGCUUCUGCAUGUACCGCGUGAAGGCGCCGAAAGGCGCGCAGAACUACUGGGUGCCAAUCCUCGCCAACCCAGACAUCGUCGAGCACUACUCCGAAAACGUGGUGGAGACGCUGCACAAGAAGAACCUGCUGCUGCUCGGCGAAGACCGCUACCUCUCCUCCCUGAUGCUGCGCACCUUCCCGAAGCGCAAACAAGUCUUCGUGCCGCAAGCGGUGUGCAAAACCACCGUGCCCGACGGGUUCAAAAUCCUCCUCAGCCAGCGGCGCCGCUGGAUCAACAGCACAGUGCACAACCUAAUGGAACUCGUGCUCGUGCGCGACCUAUGCGGCACCUUCUGCUUCUCCAUGCAAUUCGUCGUCUUCAUCGAUCUCGUGGGCUGCAUCGUGCUGCCCGCCGCCCUGUGCUUCACCGUCUACAUUUGCGCGCUGGGCAUCAAGGCCGCCAUCACGCACACUGCCGCGCCCGUCAUCCCGCUCGUGCUCCUGGCGCUCAUCUUGGGCUCGCCGGGCGUGCUGAUUGUCGUUACCGCGCACCGCUGGAGCUACCUCCUGUGGAUGCUGGUCUACCUGCUUUCCCUGCCGAUCUGGAAUCUCGUCUUGCCGAGCUACGCCUUCUGGCACUUUGACGAUUUUAGCUGGGGCGACACACGGCAGGCGGCCGGGGAGAUGAAGGGAGCGGAGAAAGAUGGACAUGGUGGGGAUGGGGAGUUCGACUCCAGUCAGAUUACGAUGAAGCGGUGGGUGGACUUUGAGCAGCAGCGGCGACAGAGAGCGCCGACGUGGUCGGCUGUGAGUUUGCAGGCACCGCCUUCGUUCGGCUCGCCUUCGGGGCUGGGGAGUGGCGGUUGGGGUGGUGGGCAGAGGAAGCAGGGGCAUGAGCGCGUGCAGAGUAAUUUGGCGUUUGAGGAGCGAAGUGAGGAUUAUUGA